AAUUACUUCAACACUCCCUAAUGUUAAAUUCAAAGAUAUAAUUUUGUAUAAAAGCAGGCACUUUAUAGCUUAAAUCAUUGAAUACUCCAGAUUUACUUGCAGUCAACACAACAAUAAACCAAAAUGUUCAAAUUUGUUGCACUUUUUACUACCAUUCUCGCCUGCAUUCAGUUGACUUUUGGCAGCAACAUUCAUGGUGGAUCACUUGCAUCAGCUCCAACAAUUAUCUCAGGACAAUAUGGAUAUGGACCAGGACCUCUUGCUAACUCAAUCGUUUCAAGAAACCUCGCAGUUCCUAUAAUUUCUUCUUAUAGCACAUCUAUUGUUCAUCCCAAUUCUGCAGUUUUGCGUCCAACUAUUAGAAGCUACAUUCCAGCUCAUCAACAAUAUGUCUCAGCUCCAUUGACGCAACAAAUUCAUGCUUCUCCAUUGAUAUCUCAAGGAAUUUAUGGACCAAACGCGAACUCUUAUGCUGUUCAAAGAUCUUAUACGGGUUCAUUAGCUGCAUCUGGUUAUUCUGCUCCUAGAAUCUUUUCUAGUCCAGUUUUGGCUAGCGCUCCUGGUUCCUCUCUUGUUCAUGGUCUUGACGGAAUAAGUGCCCAUAGUUCAGCUUGGUAA